AACGAGGUUAAUCAUUUGAUUAAUCCCGUUUGUAUCAAGGCGAGUCUAUGAACUCUGAGUACUCCCAAGCGCCCACUUUAAAAGCGCGCGAAUUGUAUGAUUAAUCGUCGCAUUGAUCGACCACUCCGCAGUUUUGUUUUGGACCGACGGCAACUAGGGUAACCGCGUUAAUGGCGGGUCGUCGGCGAAGAAGAGUGAAAGAAAUCGACGACGACAUCGAAGUCUUCUCGUUUAACUGUCGAAGCAUUAAAAAAAUCCCAAGAAGAUCACCAGAAAGAUUACGUCAAUUACCAUUAGCUGGUCAUCGAGAGAGGCCUCCCGAAAAUGUUUCAGACAGUAUUCCUGAAAUAGUGUGCCAUGAUCUGUUGUUAGGCCCAAGUUCGACUGUCGAUGCACCUGAUGACGAAGCAAGAAAUAAAAAGUCAGCAUACUUUAAGAAAAAAGAAAAGAAGCUGGAAAAGUGGGAUGAAAUACAAGAUUCCUUGAUGCAUUGCUUUAUUGAAAAUUGCUGCAUCCCCGAAGAACAGUCAUGUGUCAUUUGUGGUGAAGAAGAAGCCAAAGUUCGUUGCAAGGAUUGUGGUCAUCAGCAAUUCUUUUGUCUAAAUUGUGCUCUGUAUUUCCACAACAAAAGAAAUUGUUUGCAUAUGUUGGAAGAAUGGAAGGAAGGAACAUUCACAGAGCUAGAAUAUACUCCAGAGCUUUGUUUGCCACAAGGGAUUGUGCAUAUGAUGAAUUGUUUCAAAUCAACCAGACAAUUGUGUAUUAUUACAAAUGCUGGCUAUGAAAAAUAUUGUAAAGUGACUUUUUGUAGCUGUGUGCCAGAUGCAUUUGUGCUUAUUAAACAUGGAUUUUGGCCAGUUUCUCCUACAUGCCCAUCAGUAGCAGUAACUUUGGAGCUAAUGGAUAUUCUUGAAGCCUUUUUCUUAGAAGCUCAAGUAUCAUUGAAUAGCUUUUGCAGUGCCUUGAGAUGGCGAAAUAUCUCUUCUGGAAAAUCAUGUCUUGUUAGUGACCUAUACAACAAUCUCACAUCCAAUGAUACUUUUGAACAAUACAGACAUUUCAUGUACAAAAUCAGAUUCCUGCGAACACUUUGCCCAGAUGUAAACAAUGGAACAGAGUGUCCUGCAUGUCCUAAGGAUGGAAUAGCUCCUACCUUUUGGAACUUUGAUGCAUGCUUUGGAUUAUUUCGGAAAAAAUCUGCUGGGAAAUUUCCAUUCCCUUCUCUCCAUGGACCGUUAUAUUUCGAGGAACAGGAGUUUGUCGAUAAUUACCUUGCAAAAUGCAAGACCUCGCAAAAAGAAAAAGGGUCAGAAAAUCUGAAGGAAUGUAGCCAGUUCCAAGCUGGUACAGAAGUUGAUGCAAUUCAUUCAAAAGGAAAGAGCAAAUUGUUUGAUGAGAAGGCUGUCUUUGGUUGUGUUUGUAGGCAUGAAUUCCCUUUACGUUUCUUGGACAUAAAGCAUGGAGAAAGGUUUGGGUACAUAACGUAUCUACUAGAACAGCUGUUGGAGGAUGGGAGGAACAUAAGAACAAAAAGGAAUGUCAUUUAUGAUAUUGGCUGUAAACUUGACCGUCAUAUUGAGCUGGCUGACAACCAAAAAUUAUUGGGAAAAGUCACUUGCAUGGUGCCAGCCUUUCAUGCAUUUGCCCAUUCCACAUCCUGUCAGAUGAAAUAUUCAAUUAUGUAUCAAGAUGGUGCUGGUCUAUCUAAUGGUGAACAAUGCGAACGGCUUUGGUCAUAUUUGCGACGUUUCAGCAAUAUUACAAGAGAAAUGACUGCUUCUCAUCGCCAAGAUGCACUUACUGACGCCCUUUUAUAUUACUCCCAUAAAACAAGGAUGAAAGCAGGUCUGUUAGCUGCCAGUCGCUUAAAAAGAGCCAAUGAUGCUUACAAAACUUCCUCUGCAGAGUUAUCGAAUCUUUUAGAAGACCUGCCAGUUGAAAAAGAUCAAGUCAUUGAGUGGAAAAAACAACUCACAAACUUAUCCAAGAAUCGGAUGAAAGAAACUAGUGAGUCUACUGAGCAAGGCUGGCAAUUAAACUACGUCCGUCUUCUUUUGCUGAAAAAACAGUUGAGUGAAAACUUAAGCCACUCCUGUGAUUCCGAGGAAAACAUGUCAGUUAACCCACUUCUAAAUAAGAUGAAAAGAGUAGAAGCACAGUUGAAAAGGUUGGAAGAAAGUAACAAUGUUCGCCGUCGAUGGACAAUUGACCAGCAAAACAUCAAAAAUCAUGUUUGUGUAAUUGAAAGUGAAGAACGGCAAGAGGCAAUAGAAAAGCUGCGGAUCAUGUCCUUCGAUCGAUGGUUCCUCCUGUCGUUGAAGAAGAAAUAUGCAACUGGUCAAAAAAUUGCAAAAAUGCUUUCAAAAAGUAUAAACAUUAAAGUUAGCAAUAUCAAGCAAACCAUACGCAUAUAUAACUCUAGACCUGCAGUGAAGAUGAACCUUGUGCCAGACACAACACGUAAGAUUGAUUGCAAAGAUGCUUUGGAUAUCCAAAGUGCCUUAUACCGAGACCUUCCAAGCUUUGACAGUGAAGCCAUUCCAUCAGAAGUCAAACGGAAGGCUGUAGAACUCGAUGUUAUGCGUCACAGAGCUAGAGAAGAAAUCGAGUUGUGCAAGCAGGACAUGGCCUGCAUAAUGCAGCAUCUAAUUGGAGAAAAAAUGAAAAUUGCCUCGGCAAUACAUAGACAAUCAGGACUUUCAAGAAGCAAAUACACCAGGGGAGCUUUAAGUCUCUUAAAAGGCAAAUUGUCAGAUUUUGAAAGCUUGAUAUCGUAUAAUGGAAAGAUGUUCGUGGAUGAAGGGGGGUUGAGCGAAGAACUAGUGAACUCGCUUUUGAGUACCGACGCCACAACAUCUAUUCAAAAGAGUAACCCUUCCAGGUUUUACGAUUCAGAUGUGGAAGAUGAAGUGGAAGAGGAACCCAAUCAAUUCGAUGACUUUGCAUUUGAAGAGAGAACAGAAUAUGAUCCUGGGACAUAUUUAUCUGAAGAUAGCGUUUAGAGACUCUUUUCUAAUUCUUGUAUUUUCUGGGUACAAAUGUUAAUUGAAAUUUACGUUAUAAAUUGUACGAUAUAUCGUUGUUUUGCAAAAUAUCAAAUCUGCUUAUAUCAAUCAUUCCAUUCCUUCUUUUUGUAUGUAUUUUGAAUAAUUGCAAGUGAAAUAUCAUUAUAUAAUUGGAUACCCAAUUAAGUUGAGAAUAAGUGGAGCAACAGUCUCCUUCAAUUCAAAGUUUCCAUGCAUAUUUGGAUCGAUAGUCGAGAAAUAGUUGGAGAAUUUGAUGAGUGGAGCGCUUGUUGGCCUUUAGGGGUAUGGUAAAAAAUCGGUAGGAUGUGAUAAUUUAUUAAAACAGCAAAGAAUUGGUGAUAAUAUGCUAAUACAUGAUUGUUUUCAUGAUUUGUGUUCAAUUCAAAGUUUCCAUGCAUAUUUGGGCCGAUA